GCCGGGGCCUCGCGUGCACCUCACAGGCGGAGGCUGAGCUCGGAGUGCGCCCUCAGCCGAGGUCACCCCGCUCCGGACCGGGAAGGGGUGGCAGCCGCCUGAGGCGGUGGCACCUACCUCGGCCUCCGCCCGUCUGGACAGCGCUUGGCCCACGGGGUCCCGCGAUGGCGGCGGCGCAGGUGUCUGUGACCUUCGAGGACGUGGCUGUGACCUUCACCCAGGAGGAGUGGGGGCAGCUGGAUGUGGCCCAGAGGACCCUGUACCAGGAGGUGAUGCUGGAGACCUGCAGGCUCCUGGCGUCUCUGGGUUGCCCUUUGUCCAAACCAGAGCUGAUCUCCCCGUGGGAGCACAGCCCCGAGUUACAGACGUGGAAGGAAGGAGUCUCCGCCUGCUCCUGCCCAGGUGACGGCAUAAAACCCAAGACCACAGAGCCUCCCCCUUCCCACCAGGCCUCGUCUGAGGGCAUCUCACUCCAGGAGCUACUGACUCGGCGACUCUUGGGGAACACCCAGGUGAGGCGAGGCAAGGACCAGGACGAGCCAUCAGACGUUGAGGAAGGCCACCCGAGACCAGGGAGGGAGCCCCUGACAGACAAGCUCCCUGGGAAACUGAGUCCUGAACGGGACAGUUUCGGGCGAGACGAUGGUCUGCACGCCAGGACUGUCCAGGAGCCAGUCUGCGCAGACGCUCCCCCUGCGCGAGCCGCCCGGGGACCAGUGAACGGGCCCUCUAUUCGCGAAGGGAAACAGCCCUACAGGUGUGAGGAGUGCGGGAAACUGUUCAACAAGAGAUGCUUCCUGGUUCGACAUAAGCGCAUCCACGCUGGAGUGAAGCCCUACGAAUGCACCGAGUGUGGGAAGUCCUUCAGCAAGAGCACCCACCUCCUGCAGCACCAGGUGACCCACACCGGGGAGAGGCCGUAUGAGUGCCUGCAGUGUGGGAAGGCCUUCGGCCUCCAGGAGCACCUCACCAGGCACCGGCGGGUCCACACCGGGGAGAAGCCCUACGUGUGCAGCGAGUGUGGGAAGGCCUUCACCCACCGCUACAGUUUGGUCCUGCACAACAGGAGCCACACCGGAGAGAAACCCUUCGUGUGCAGAGACUGUGGGAAAGCCUUCCGGGACAAGACUGGUUUUCUGCGACACUGCAUCACCCACACGGAAGAGAAGCCCUUUGUGUGCGGGGAGUGUGGGAAGGCCUUCAACCGCAGGUCCCACCUCACGUGGCACCAGCGGAUUCACAGCGGACUGAGGCCCUUCCAAUGCAAGGAAUGCGGCAAGACCUUCUGCGACAGCACAGACCUCAUUCAGCACUACGUCGUCCACACUGGAGAGAGGCCGUACGGGUGUCUCGAGUGUGGGAAGACCUUCAACCACAGGUCUCACCUUAAGCAGCACCAGCGGAGUCACACCGGGGAGAAGCCGUACGUGUGCGGUGAGUGCGGCAAGGCCUUCACCCACUGCUCCACUUUAAUCGUGCAUAAGAGGGCCCACACUGGAGAAAAACCGUUUGAGUGCAAGGAAUGUGGCAAAGCCUUCAGCAGUCGGUCAGACCUCAUUCGGCACUUCAGCAUCCACACCGGAGAGAAGCCCUAUGAGUGCGGUGAGUGUGGGAAGGCCUUCAACCGCAGGUCAGACCUUUCAAGACACCAGCAGAUUCACAGCGGAGAGAAGCCCUACGAGUGCACGGAGUGUGGCAAAGCCUUUUGCCAGAAGGCCAACCUCAUUCGACACACCAUCAUCCACACGGGGGGAAAGCCCUUUGAGUGCCUCGAGUGUGGGAAGACCUUCAACCACAGGUCCUACCUCAAGAGGCACCAGCGGAUCCACACUGGGGAGAAGCCAUACGUGUGUGGUGAGUGUGGCAAGGCCUUCACCCACUGCUCCACUUUCAUCGUGCAUAAGAGGGCCCACACUGGAGCAAAACCUUUCGAGUGUAAGGAAUGUGAGAAAGCCUUCAGCACUAGGAAAGCCCUCAUCAAACACAUCAGCACCCACGCCGGAGAGAAGCCCUAUGAGUGCGGUGAGUGUGGGAAGGCCUUCAACCGCAGGUCAGGCCUCACGAGGCACCAGCGGAUUCACAGCGGCGAGAAGCCCUGUGAGUGCAUGGAGUGUGGGAAAACCUUCUGUUGGAGCACUAACCUCAUCCGACACGCCAUCAUCCACACCGGGGAGAAGCCCUGUGAGUGAAUGGAGUGUGGAAAGGCCAUUGGUCACAGCUCAUCCCUCACUCAGCAUCAAAAAGUUCACACGGGGAUAAGCCGUCAAUAGAACAGAAGUGGGAAAACCCUUCCCAAGUGGACAAUCCUCUGUCAACCUCCAAGAACUUCUGUUGUGGGAAAACUUUGAAUGUAAGACUGUGGAAAAUAUUUUACCAGAAUCUGUUCGUUUAUACCAAAGAAUCCCCCCAGGUUUCCCUGUGAGAAAACCUGCUGCAGGAUAUCGGUUGUCAUCUAACGAGUCAUGUUGGGAAUGACUCAGCCUAGAAUCUUAUUCUGCAUCUGAGGAUUCAUCCAAGAGAGGGAUCCGAUCUCUACUGUGCACUUAGCAAAACCUUCAGCCACAUCUUUUGCAGGUUAACACUGCGAAAUUAUCUCAGGGAUAAUUUAAAAGCAAGAGACGGAGAAGUGAAAGACAAAUGCAAGCACCGUUUCCUUCAGACUUCCGUGAGAAGCCUACGGCAAUUCGUCAUCCCUCACGUCCUACGGGGAACAGGCAGGAUUGUUUCAGACAUCAGAAGGCCUUAUUCCGCCCUUUGUCUUGUGUAUGCAUUCACUUCUGUCCCGUAUCAGGAGAGUUAGACAGUUGAGGGUAUAUCUGAAAACACUGCUUGAAAGCUUUUGUUCUACGGCGUUCUUUCUACUUGUGGGCAGCACGAGUCUGUGAGAAAUAGGAAGGCUUAAGAGAUGAAAUGCUUUUAUAUUGAGAUGCACAUAUCGUACAUUAGAAGCCUAUGAGACUUAAAUUUCCUGUUGGAAUGACAAAACGUUGAAAAAAGGUGUAUCUAUGAAUUGGAAAUUUUUUUAAAUGUCAUGGCUUUUGUUUCUUCAUGUGGCUUUAACCACCCUAAAAGCAUUCUUCACCUUGA